GCAACAAAUUAGCAACAAAAGGGCAAUAAAUUUCUGUGCUAGUCCCAUGCGAUUGUGCUGAAAGGGCUGUGCCAGCUUAAUAGACGUAAUUAAGUAUUAACGUCAGGCCCCAAAAAGCACCAGCCAUUCCUGUUAUAAAUAUGUAUUUGUAAAAAGCGCAAAAUCACUUCAACCGGAUAAGAUCCAAAGGUUAACUUCUUGGUAGGUGAUUUAAGUAUGGCAGUAGAUCGAUUCGAUGCAUAAACUAAUAGUUCACAUUUCCUCGUUACGUUGUCAUAUUGAAACACGGCAGCACGGUAGCAAGAAUCAAAACUGAGGCGAAAUCGCAGUGUAUCUGUCACUUGCGAGACUAUCAGUAGGAACGCACUCUAACGCAAUGGGCUUAUUCGAGACAUUCUAUUAUUACUGGACUGAAAAAGCUGAUCCACGAUCAAGAGAUUGGUUGCUAAUCGGCUCGUCAUAUCAAAUUCCGCUUAUAAUGUUUGUUUACUUAUACACCGUUUUUUAUUGGGGCCCUCGAUAUAUGAAAGACAAGCCGCCCUAUGACCUGAGAACAUUUAUCAAAUUCUACAAUUUGUUACAAAUCGUAGCAAAUGCUUGGUUAGUGCGAGAAUAUAUAACUGUAGAAUGGCUGAUCACAAUACCGCUAACAUGCUCGGCUUUACGUUAUUCCUAUGAGCCGCAUAAGUACAAGAUAACUGUGAUUCUAUGGUGGACUCUACUGCUGAAAAUAUUGGAUCUCACAGAGACGGUGUUAUUUGUACUGAGAAAGAAGAACGAGCAAAUCUCGGUGUUACACAUAUACCAUCAUGUGUCGACUGUAAUAAUCAUAUGCAUAUUCAUGAAGUACACAGCCAAUGAAAUAAUCACGCUCGUACCAUUGCUCAAUUGCAGCGUGCACUUCAUCAUGUAUAAUUAUUACUUAUUUUCGUCCUUCGGGCCGCGCAUUCGGAUGAUCAUCGCGCCAUGCAAACGUUACAUAACAAUAAUUCAGAUGGUGCAGUUCUGCAUUCUGAUAGCGUACGCAGCGCAGUCGAGUUUGUCGGACUGUAAGUCCGUGAGGAACUUAGGAUAUAUAUUCAUUCUAAAUGUAACAAUAAAUUUGUGUCUGUUCUAUAAGUUUUAUCAAAGAACAUACAUUACAAAAGCGAAGUAACAAAAUAAGAAAGAAAUACAAGGCGUCUACCACAGAAUAAAAGUGCGACAUGAAUCUCCUUCAUUUUUUAGGUAUGGAUGAAAGAUUUGGUUGUAUAACAAUUUGGUUAAACAUACAGGGUGUCUUAAAAAUACCGGAACCCCCGGAUAACUUUGCAAGAUCAAGUUUUCAUGA